AUGGAUAUCGCAAAGGUCGACGCCACUCACGUCGAAGAUGCCGAGACAUUGUCGAACGCAGGAAAGCAGCCGCGGGUCCAGUUGCCGCCCUUGUUAGCCGACUUGCCGGCCGAGGAGCGGGAGAAGCUCAACGUCCAUGUCAAGAGGAAAAUCGACCUGCGGCUUCUACCCAUGAUGCUGUUGAUGUACAUCAUGAAUUAUCUUGAUCGCAACAACAUUGCAGCAGCAAAAAUCGCAGGCAUGAGCGAUGACUUGAAUCUGAAGGGGAAUCAGUACCAGACAGCUUUAAGUAUCCUUUUCGUCGGGUACUUGCUCAUGCAGGUGCCGUCCAACCUGAUGCUCAACAAAUUUGGAAAGCCUGCUCUGUACCUCCCGACAUGCAUGGUGAUCUGGGGCGUCAUCUCUACCUGCACUGGAGCUGUUCAAUCGUUUGGCGGACUGGUCGCUUGCCGUUUUGUCCUCGGUUUCGUCGAGGCUGCAUACUUCCCCGGCUGUCUCUACUACCUGUCGGCAUGGUACACUCGGAAGGAGCUUGUCCUCCGAACUGCGAUUCUUUACUCAGGAUCUCUAAUUUCAGGGGCGUUCUCUGGACUGAUUGCAGCUGGUAUUACCGACAACAUGGCUGGUGCGCGGGGCCUUGGUGCGUGGAGAUGGCUAUUCAUCAUCGAGGGUGCUAUCACCAUUGUCCUCGCGCUGAUUGCAUUCUUCAUCUUGCCCAACUUCCCUCGCACAACAAGCUGGCUUUCGGAGCCGGAAAAACAAAUGGCUGUUUGGAGACUCCAAGAGGAUAUUGGUGAGGACGAUUGGGUCAAUGCGGAAGAGCAGACCUUCUUCCAUGGCGCCAAGCUUGCUGUCAAGGACCCGAAAGCCUGGCUCCUUCUGGCAACCAUCUAUGGCUUCACUUCCUCCGGAACCGUCACCACCUUGUUCCCCAGUGUCGUCGAGGGGCUCGGCUAUGGAAAAGUGCAAACGCUGCUUCUCACUGUUCCACCAUACGUCAUUGGCGUGAUUGCGAUCCUCAUCAACGCGUGGCAUGCCGACCGCACGAGCGAGAGGUACCUUCACAUCGCUCUCCCACCGCUCUUGGCUGUCGCAGCUUUCAUCAUCGCCGCCGCUACUACCGAGUUUGGCCCGCGUUACUUCGCAAUGUGUCUCAUGAUCGGAGCGAACUACUCCGGAUACGUCGUCGCUCUGGCUUGGAUCUCCAACACGUUGCCACGUCCCCCGGCGAAGCGUGCGGCAGCCUUGGCUGGAAUCAACGCCCUCUCGAACGUUUGCCAGAUUUAUUCGCCGUACAUGUACCAAGAUGCGUACGCUCCCCGUUACGUUGUACCCAUGAUCGUCAAUGCCAUCACGUCUUUGUGGGCUGCCGUAUUCGCCACCGUUCUGCGUAUGUUGCUUGUUCGCCUCAACAAGAAGAUUGAUGCAGGAAUCUUGCUUCUAGAGCAGACGAGCGAAGAGGACCGGAAGCGGGUGAUCGAGGAACAUGGGCUUCCUGGAGAGGCAGUCGAUAAGGGAUUCAGAUUCUUGGUCUAG